AUGAGGCAACAGCAAAUGCUUAGGGAUGAAGCUGUUGCCGCUGAUGCACUCCAAAAAGAAGUUGCAAGAAAACAACAAGCUGCUGGACACUACACUCUUCGCAGCUCUCCAAUCAUAGCCACUACUUUUGAAACCACAACAACUUCUUUGCCUACUCUUCUAAUAAGGAUUCCUUCAGUUUCAGUUGAAAUUGAACAACCUCAAAACGUGGAACCCAUUCAGAUAAUACUCCCACUUUCUGGCCCUAUAUUUUCCAUUCCCUUCUUGAAGCCAAGUAUUCCUGCAUCUCUUUCUUUUGGCUUAACUCCAUACUUCCCUCAUUUAUCUUUCGAUUCUACUCAAUUUGAUUCUUUUUCGAGCCUUCUCUCCAAUUCAUCGUCUGGCGACUGUGUUCUAACAUGUGGUAAUAAAAAUAUGCAGGUGACGCGUUUUAGUUGUGGUGGAUUCACAUUUGCAAUACGUCUGAACCACACAAUGAGCGACGGGUCUGGUCUUAUGCAAUUCCUAAACACAAUCGCUGAGUUUGCCCAACAACCCCAAACCAAAAUUACACCAUCUGUCCCACCAAUUUGGCAAAGGCACCUCCUCUCUGCAAGACAACCUCCUUCCAUUACAUGCCCACACUACGAAUACGACCAAGCACUAGCCGGAGCCGCCACCACCACCACCACGGCCAACGAAACCACCACGAUCGACCGCUCUUUCUUCUUUGGUCCCAAAGAAAUCAGAGCCAUUCGCAACCAUCUUCCCCACCACCACCACAGCACAACGGCCUCCACAUUCGAACUACUCACCGCAUGUAUAUGGCAAUGUCGAACACGCGCACUUUGUCUAGCCCCAGACAAGAUUGUUCGCAUCUCAUGCGUAGUCAAUGGCCGCGGCAAUAAACAUGGCCUCAACCUACCUCCUGGAUACUAUGGCAACGUGUUUACCUAUCCCGCAGUGAUGGCAAAGGCAGGACUGUUAUCUAUGCUUCCAUUGGGAUAUGCAUUGGAGUUAGUAAAGAAGGCAAAGGCACAAGUGAGCGAAGAGUAUUUCAGAUCAGUGGCUGAUCUUAUGGUGAUACAGGGACGUCCUUCGCAUACCUUGGAAGCGAAUAAGGACUAUAUCAUUUCAGAUAAUACUCGGGCAGGGUUUGAUAAGUUAGAUUUCGGGUGGGGGAAGCCUGUGUAUGGCGGUAUUGCUAGGGCGAUAUCUUUGAUUAGCUUUUAUGUACCUUUUAGGGACAUUAGAGGAGGAGAAGAUGGGAUUGUGCUACCGAUAUGCUUGCCAGAAUCAGUCAUGGAUAGGUUUGAACAAGAGUUGAAGAAAAUGACUCAGGAGCCUGUGGAACAUCCACCAAAUCAUAAACCCAUUUCCAUGCACCAAAAAUGUUCACAAUCCAUAUCUUAAAAAAAUAAAAUAAAAUAAAAAUUAAGAGUUCAACCUUGAUAACCUACAACAAAUGUAAGGAUAAUUAGUGAAUAAGUACUCUCCAUGUAUUGAGUAUUAGUUGUAUUAUAAUCUUCCCAGAAUGUAGAUCAAUAUGUAACUUA